AUGUCAGAUCAUCUAUCCGAAGAGUUGAUUAUUGAAAUCUUCACAAGACUACCACCCAAAUCCCUCCUCCGGUUUAGAUCACUCUCCAAAUCAUGGUAUUCUUGUAUUGGUAGCCCUGGUUUCAUUCGCAUGCAUACUUCUCGAUCCACACAAAAACUCCUCUUCAGACACCAACUUUAUUAUGAUGCAUAUGGCCUUGAACACUUUCGUACACUAUUUUCAGAUGACUUUUAUACAUUACAUUUAGAAGACCAAUUGCCAUUGUGUCCCAUAGGAGGAUACAAUGGUAUAACAGCAGUCCAGUUUCCUUGUAGCAAAACUUUCAUAAUUAUUGGUUCAUGUGAUGGAAUUUUCUGUUUGAGUGAGUAUCAAAAGGGAAUUAGUCUAUGGAACCCUUCAAUUAGGCGCAAACUAAGCCUACCUGUUUGUCCGCGGAGAACACCAGUCCCUUGGAGAGGGCUUGGAGAUGGGCUUGGGUUCGGUUUCGAUCCAAUCAGUGAUGAUUACAAGAUUGUCCAGAUAUCAUACUCCAGAGAAAGUUCAUUUUUUUAUGCAAUAAAGAUAGGCACUUGGUGUCCAAUCACCUCCCCUACACCUUUGAUUUCUAAAGUGUUAUUGGGGUCAUGUUUUGUGAAUGGAGCGUUGCAUUGGGUGGUAGAUAGUUAUCAUACGGAAUCACAUGACAGUGACCUUCCUUGUAUACUGACAUUCAAUUUGAGCACUCAUGUUUUUGGCAUGAUUCCAUUGCCUGAACCCUUUUGGACAGCAAGAGGAAUAACAACCCUCCAAGGUUCUCUAGCUGUGAUUUCAGGCAAUAAUGAUGAUAGUUGGAUAUGGGUGAGGAGAGAUGAUUCUUGGUCUGUGAUUUUUAAAUCGAAAGCAAAUCAGUUUAAAGGAGGAUCAGUUAUGGGAGUUUUGCAACCGGCCACCAAUGGAGAUUUGUUGCUCACUGCUUGGAUGAACAAGGAGAAGUUGGUCCAGUUUUAUCUUACUAAGAUGGGGGAGCAAUCAAUACUAGUGGAAUUCCAUGCUGCUUCUUUCAUAUUUGGGAUUGCUCGGUGUGUCGAAAGCCUUCAUAUGUUAGGCAUAGAGACUGCUUAA